UGAUAUUUAAUGUUCCAUCUGUCCCUUUAAAGGCCUCUGAAGACCUUCUCAAACAACAUUACAUUGACCUGAAAGACCGACCAUUCUACCCUGGUCUGGUUAAAUACAUGAAUUCUGGACCUGUUGUGGCCAUGGUAUGGGAAGGACUCAAUGUGGUUAAAACCGGAAGAGUAAUGCUUGGGGAAACAAACCCUGCAGACUCCAAGCCUGGUACCAUCCGUGGUGACUUCUGCAUUCAAGUAGGAAGAAACAUCAUUCACGGCAGUGACUCCGUAGAAAGCGCGCAGAAGGAGAUCAACCUGUGGUUCAAACCUGCAGAGCUCAUCGACUUCAAGUCCUGCGCACAUGACUGGAUCUAUGAGUGAAAUGAGUUGCCACAAUAAAUUGUGCCUUCGUAACCCGUCAUCUCAUUCCAGCUCUUGACCUGGGAGCAAUGACCACCACGGUUAUCUUAGUCAUUUUCAGCACUGUCAAAUAAAUAGAUGAUAUGAGCUAA